UACCCGCGCCAGCCCGCACGUCCUGCCCACCGACGCAUCGAGCCCUCUUUACAUAUUAACUCGCGUUUUCACUCCCCGAAGGCUGUUCUAUGAAAAUGAGGAAGCCUGAUGCAACUCUGGUGAUUGUUGUUACAGCUAGAGCGAGUGCGCGCUAAACAUUCCACAUCCGCAACAUAGGACAUGAAGGUCUAAACCAAUCGCCUAUAAAUGCCUUCAAGCUGCCAAUUACUCUGCAGUGCAUUUUUGACAUCACGUCAGUGCGUCUCCGGCAUAAUGAAUAUUUACGCAGCGAUAUCGUGCCUCCUCGCCUUGACGGCGUCCGUCGCGGCUGAUGGACUAUUAGGAGGGGGUCUAGUAUACGCGCCAGGACAUGCCUCAGUAGAUUAUUAUGCCUAUCCCAGAUACGCCUUCGAAUAUGCAGUAAAAGAUCCUCACACGGGUGACAACAAGGCGCAAUGGGAGAAACGAGACGGCGACGUAGUUAAAGGAGCAUACUCACUAGUGGAGCCGGACGGCAGCCUACGUAUAGUGGAAUACUGGGCCGACGCGAAAUCAGGUUUCAACGCUGUAGUGAAGCGUGUAGGACCUAACUUGCACCCAGUGUCAGUACCUGCGUCCAUCUACAAGGCGCCGAUCCCAGUGCUGGGACAUGCGUCUGGGAUUGCACCCAUAUCUGUGGGACCUAUUGGUAAACUUGGAGGUCUAGCGGGUGCCCCUCUGAUAUCAGGACCUAUUGUGGGAGGAGCCAUAUCCACGGCGAACCUUGUGAAGACCGCGGUGCCGAUCGCACCCAUCGCGCCAAUUGCUCCCAUAGCGCCAAUAAUCAAAACUCCAAUUGCGCCAAUUGCGCCAAUCGCGCCUAUCGGACCUCUUCCAUCUUACGGGCCGCUUAUCAAGCCUGUUGCCCCCAUAGCGCCGCUACUACCAUCAUACGCUGGCCUCCCUGGUCCUAUUUACAAGGCUGGACCAGUCUACCCUGCGCCUCUACCCGCCCCUAUUAUCAAGUCUGGACCAAUAUUGACAGGAGGUUUGGGAGGUUACGCAGCACCAUUGCCACUGUUGAAGGGUGAUGGUCUAGGAUACGGUGGAUAUUCAGGUGGACUUGGAUAUGGAGGUUACGCUGGAUUGAAGGGCGAUGGUCUGCUAUUAGGCGGUUAUGGCGGGUAUAGCGGCUACGGUGGACUCGGCGCCGGUUACGCCAAAGCUCCCCUCAGUGGCCAUGGAUUAUUAGGUGACGGACUACUGAACACUUGGGGCGCGGGACCUUACUAUGGCAAGCAUUAAUUUAUGAAAUACAAAAAUCUGAGGCCUCCCAACGUUUAGACGCCGCUGUCCAUUACUGUUCCUUGUUGCCUUUAGUCUCCUCUAGUGAGUCUCCUUGAAGAAAGACCUUUUAUGUGGAUAAGGUCGAGUCUUUUGUACAUAAUUUUAAUAUUUAUGUUGAUAAUUAUAAGUCAGACUAGCACUAAUAAAGCAUACGCCACCAUGUGGUUAAA